CUCAUUAACUAAAUCACCUGUUAGAGUGGAGCGGAAAAGAGAGCCAGUAGGACCUACUGAACAAGAAUCUCUUCCCUGUGGCAGGAAAUCUGUGGAAGUUUAAGGCCAAGCAUAUUCUCACAACUUCAGCAAAAUGGACUGGAAACUUCUGAGGUCCUGCUCUUGUAUACUAAGCUGGUUGGCUGGUGCAAUGCUCUGGUAUACACUUCCUACGUCAGGCUAUAGCCCCAUCCUGACCUGUUACUACCCAGGGUACCUGGACAUCGUCACACCCACGGAGCUAGACCCACACCUCUGUACCCACCUUAUUUACGCCUUUGCUUACGUGAAGGACGGUCUCAUAGCUCCAGCCAGCGACGUGGAGGAGAGCAAGUAUAGGAACCUUAUCCUCUUGAAAGAAAAGAACCCCGACUUGAAAGUUCUUUUAUCUGUACAAGGUUCAUUGUCUCCAGUGGUUAAGCAAAAAUCAGAGCGCGAAAGGUUUUCAAGAGAUAUCGUAGCACUUUUACAGAAUUUUGGCUUUGACGGUUUAGAUGUGAACUGGGAAUACCCGACACCGGUUGAGAAAGAAGGAUUCUUAAUGUUAUUGCAGGAGAUCCGGCGUGCCUCCGACGGAAGCAGUUUAAUCCUGACGGCUGCUGUUCCAGCAUACCGUCAUCUGAUACAGACCUGUUAUGACGCCCCCAAAAUGGCUGAGGUGGUAGACUCGGUUCAUCUGAUGACCUAUGACCUCCACAAAGCCGAGCCCCGGAAUUUGGGGGUGACGGCCUUUAACAGCCCACUGUACGCUCCGAGAGACGACCCUACCUUCGAUAGCAUGGAAAGUGCUACACGAGCUUGGGAGGAGAUGGGUAUGCCUAAACACAAAAUCAUUAUCGGAAUUCCGGCGUACGGAAUCACUUUCACCCUGAUGAAUUCCUCCAAUCACGGAUUUCACGCUCCAGUUUCCGGACCUGGCACCCCUGGCAAGGUUUUAUAUACAACCGGAUAUUACUCGUAUACAGAGUCCUGCUGGCUGCUGGCUAACGGGGCUACCCGAGUGGUUGACACCAUCACACAGACUCCGUACAUGUUCCUGGACACUCUGUGGGUUUCUUAUGACGACGUAGAAAGUGUCGCGAAAAAGAGUAAAUGGAUUCGACAGAAACGAUACGGCGGAGCAAUGGUGUGGAACCUACAGCUUGAUGACGUCACUGGCGCGUGCACUGGGACUACUUUUCCCUUGUUGAAGACAAUAAAGAGGGUCAGCCAAGGAGAAAACCCAUAAGCAAUGCCAGGGACUUGACAACAAGAGUCGUGGAUCACAGCUACUUUUUACACAUUUACAUUACGUGUUAUCGUACAUUUAUAACAGAUUUUAUACAUUAAUACAUUUGAGGAAAUAACACUGUGAGGAAAGCUCGGAAAUAAAAUACAAGAUUUCCUGGUAUACACUAUCUAUACACAAAACGAACGGUUACUCAUGAACGAGCUUGUCACGGAUGAAGUUUGCAGGCGACGUCUUAUGUAGGGUUGAUUUUGGAAACAUAAUCAAUAUCCCAGCUAUAAUUUCCACUCAUAACGCACCAAUACAUUUUGAAAAUGAUAAGAAUUCCUUCACCUAUCUUACUGACGUUAUUGAUUUAAUACCAAAUAUAGUAUCGUCUAAAAUGAGCUAUGUUACAAAUGGAACGCAAUGGGCUGGAUCAUGUGCGAUUUCUAUCCACCUAUUUUCCACUGAUAAAUCGCACCUUAUGAACUCGACAUAAGGAAGGGAGGGAGACUGAACCACUUCUGUUGACAGAACAAUGUAAGCACACAUAGUGUAGUGGGCUUGUAGCCUAUGAGUGAAUAGAAAUGCAUGGCAUGAGAAAUUGCACCGCCGUUGUUUAGACCGUCAUGAAACUGCGUGGGAGACUUUGUAUUAUAUGAGAAUGACUGGCUGUAUGAAUAACCGAAUGAUUCUUGUAGUACACCGGGCAUCUUCCACGGAAUACCGUUUUUACUGUCGGUACAUAUUAUAAGCCUUUAUAGGCCUGAUUCUAUGCAUAUAUUGUUUAAUAAAUUUUCUAUAAAGACAAAAUAA